UCUUAUACAGGUGUGUAGAUAUAUACAUAUACUAUAAAGAAGAAAAUAUAUCUCUCGUCUUUAUAAUUCAAGGUAUAUAUAUUACUAUAUAGUAUGUGAUUUACAAGGACUAUAUCCGUUCACUAUGCUACUAUAACUGACCCAUACAGAACUCUCAAGUAGAUGUGAUUGGAGCACUUCAUAUCAACAUUGUAAAGAAAUACUCGAUAAUCUAGUGCACUCAGAUACAAACAACACUCACUGACAACAACUGCAAAACAAUCUGCGAGGAGAACCAUGUGACCGGGAUAUAGAAAAGAAGCAACUAUUGAGAAAAAGUACCUAAGAUUUUAUCUGGGCGUGGCUAUUAGAUAUGAGUACAGUAGAUAUUAGCUGCAACAGCUCCAUUGUGUGAUUUAGCGCCCUUGGUAUCUCAUUCUGGAUACAAAUGUUUGCAGCCAAAAUGGAUGUGUGGAUUAGUGAAUUGUUGAUGGUUUUGUGUGUUUUGUGUUUAACCGAUGUUAACGGUGCAAGAUUAGCAUGUUAUUCUAGUCUAACUUUAGGCAAACCAUGUGAUUGUAAUCUAGAAUCUACCAGACCAACUGUAACGUGUCGUUCUAAAGGACUCACUGAAGUCGUUGUUGGUAUACCAUCCAACAUUGUAGUCUUAGAUCUCAGUUCUAAUGCAAUUACAGAAAUAAGAGAAGAUGCAUUUUUGAAUUUAGAAAAAUUACAGACAUUAUUUUUAAUGAAUAACAAUAUUGAGAGUAUACACCCGAAAGCCUUUAGAAAUAUGUUUAAUUUAAAAUUAAUAGUUUUAAACAAAAAUAAACUGACUUCAAUACCAGCUGAUAUGUUCCAGCAUCUUCCAAACCUAAAUAAUAUAAAUUUACGGAGAAAUCGUAUUACAAGUAUUUCCCGCCAUGCUUUUAUAACUCUGCCGUUAAACACUGAAGGGCCUGUUACAGUAGAAUUAAAUGAAAAUCAAAUUCAUUGUGAUUGUGAUACAAAAGCUUUAAAGACAUGGAUGAUAACAAAUCCUGGUAAACUUUAUUUGAACGGGGCUAUUUGUAAUAAUACUAGAGAUGGUUUACAAAUUGUAAACACACCGAAUAAUCAAUUCCCUCCAUGCAAUUCACAAGAAGCCGUUAUACCUGAUAAUGCGUCGUGUUAUACCUGUAAUGAUGCUGUCAACCACCAACAGUGUAGAUUAACGGGACAAAUUAAAACUUGUCGGGGCAACGAGAUGGUUUGCAGUAGUCGAAUAACAAGUACUGAUGGCAAAUUUGCUAUUAAUAAAGGUUGUAUGUGGUAUCAGAGCUGUUUAAAUCAAGAAAGGGCAAAUGUCAGAGGUUGUGGUCUAUAUAAUAAGCCAGAUAGAUUAUGUAAUUUUUGUUGUAUAGGCGAAGAGUGUAAUGCUGGCGAUAUGGGAGGUCGAACGAAAGAAUUAAAAUUUUCUCUGAAAUUAUCGUUAGAUCGUUCUUAUAACCAGGACCUUGACACUGUUUAUUCGGAAGCGUAUCUAAAUGAACAAAGAAGUCUUACCACUGGAUUAACAGGUGCAUUAAAUGAAAUAGCUGGAGGCUAUACUGUAGAUAUUCAACGAUUCAGCCAACCAAUGAUAACAGUAUGGGCGACUAUUUAUUCCACAAACCUGAACACACGCACCGAAGACAGCGUGUUGGCACAGAUAAACGAAACUUUACGCAGGAAUUCGUUAGAAGGUGCAUUAUCAGAGAUGGGAGUCGUACCUUCAACUAUUCUACUUAAUUAUUAUAAAAUAGCGGCAUGUUUUGAAGAGAUUAUAAAGACAUCAGUAGGUAUAUUUACCUGGCCACAGACAGAUGUAGGUUAUACUACAUAUAUCAACUGUCCUAAUAACCAGCUUAUUUCAGUUUCACGACAAUGUCACCUAAAUGCUUCUGGUAAACCAAUAUGGAUGGAGCCCUUGAUUACAGACUGUCUUAUUAAUUCUACAGUCAACAAUAAAUUAAAUAAUUUGUUAAAGAUUAAUAUUAACGCAGGCAAUGUUCGACAGGCGUUAGAUAAUCUGAAGACUCUGACUAAGGAUACCCGGAAUUUUAAUAAAAAGCAGCUAUCUCUGGCGGUUGGUGUACUGACUAACAUAUUAAAGGAGGAGUCGUCAUAUUCUAAUCGUGGCAUUAUGAAUGAUACGGUGGCCGUGGUUAGCCAACUCCUCUUUAUACCCAGUGCAGUGCUACUGGAGGCACAAGACGAAUUUGAUACUUCAACAAGGAUUCUAGAUUCUGUGGAGAAAAUUAGUAACAAAAUCUCAUUAUCAAAUGGUAAUAUUACUAUAAUAGAACCUAAUCUUGUGCUGGCUGCUGUGCCCGUUGCUGAGGGUUAUUUUAAUGGUCUCUCUUUGUCAACUAGAUCACAGGCGAAGGGUCAAAGGUUGUCUGUUUUUACGCUUAACGAUGGAGAUGAUGAAAGUUCAUUCGAGGAAAAUGACGACACAGACAACACACAAGAGAUGAAUGAUGAUCCAAGAAAUACUAAAGAAAUGGAGGAUGAUUCACUUAAUACAAAAGAAGAUUUGGAUGAAGAUCCAAUGACCACUAAGGAAUUAUCUGAUGAUUCACCCAGCACUAAAGAAAUAUCUAAUGAUACAUUAGAUACUAUGGAAAUGUCCGAUGAUCCACGAUAUACCAAGGAAAUGGCUGAUGAUCCGCUAAAUACACGGGAAGUAACUGACAACCCAUUUAAUACUAGUGAAAUAGAUGAUGACAAAACCGAAGAGGAGGUUGAUGAUGAUUCUCGACAUACCAGAGAUAGUCCCGAUGUAAUCGACGACGAUGAUGAUGGGAAUGCACAUGUUAAUAAAUUUGUACUACCCAAGACAUUGUUUACUAGAUUAACAACAGCCGAAAAAACAUCAUUAGAAAGAAUUACGUUUAACGUAUUUCCUACUGGCAAACUCUUUUCGAGUAUGAAAAACGAUAAGAAUGCAGGAAAUCCAACGAGUUUAGCAACCGGUGAUAAGACGAAUUUAUUUGUUACACAAGUAAACAGUGGAGUUAUAGCAGCUAGUAUACCUCAUAUUACAAUCACCAAUUUAACAGAUCCAGUUAGAAUGACGUUCUCUCACUCCUCGCCGAAUUCCUCAGGACCACAAUGUGUAUUUUGGUAUGAUGGUCGAAAUGGGGGACCAGAACGAUGGUCAUCAGAAGGGUGUUCUGUAUUAAACAAUGUCCAGGGUUCUUAUACUACAUGUGUUUGUAACCAUCUCACAAACUUUGCUUUAUUGAUGGAUGUUUACCAAGAUGGACACGCAAUUAGCAAGACAGAUCAAAGAAUACUAUCUAUUAUAUCAUAUAUUGGAUGUUCUUUAUCAUUUAUAUGCUUAAUUUUAACACUACUUACUUAUCUAUUAUUCAAUGGACCAGCACCUUCCACUGAUUCGACACAAUUUCAAAAAAGUGAUAGUUUCGGUCAAUCAUUUAGAAAAUUAAGGAAAGACAACCCAUCUAAAAUCUUGGUAAAUUUGUGUUUGGCGCUGGCAAUUGCUGAUUUGGUAUUUAUAGUUGGUAUGCAUAGCUAUGCCAUGGAUAAUUCUGUUGGUUGUAAGACUGUUGCUGUACUUUUACAUUAUUUUCUGCUAGCAGCUUUAACUUGGAUGGCUGUAGAAGCGUUUUAUAUGUACCUAGCACUAGUUUUAGUCUUUAAGACAUAUUAUUCUAAUUUUAUGUUAAAAUGCUGUAUAGUUGGCUGGGGAAUACCGCUAGUUAUAGUAGCUAUAACACUGGGCAUUAAUAAUACUGAUAAUUACAACAAGCUAGAUAGUGGGGUAUGUUGGCUAACGCCGUAUGCUUUUUAUGGCGCGUUUGCUGGUCCAGUUCUUUUUGUUUUGUUGAUUAACUUUAUAGCGUUUGCUUUGGUGUUGAGGCAACUUUGUGGUCUUCAAGCCAAGAAAUUAACCAAGUCGGACCGGUCUGACAAGUUAUCAAAACUUCGUGGAGCAGUCGGUGUAGUCAUAUUGCUAGGACUUACGUGGAUAUUUGCCAUAUUUGCCAUAGGACCAUUGCGGACUGUGUUCAGCUAUCUGUUUGCUAUCUUCAACGCCCUCCAGGGUCUCUUUAUUUUUGUAUUUUAUUGUGUAUUUAAACGAGAUGCAUUGAAUUCAUGGAGAAGAUUAUUACCAUGUUGUGAAGUUAUCGAUGAAAAAUCCAGUAGUCGAGGGUUAUGCAACAUACAACAGUAUGGAAACGGCACAGACCAGACUUCUAGAACUAAUGCCCGUACUCCUUCAUCACAAAAUCAAAAUCAUGAACCACAGGUUACUCAGCAACUGCUCCAGCCACAAUCAAUAACAACCAGACUUUAAGUACACUCAGAAGUAUUACAGAAGGCAAGAAACGAGAUAGUAGUGAUAAAUACCAGGUGAAGAGAGAGAACGACGUGUAUAAUAGACGGUACAGUGACACUACGUCUAGUUCCUAUAUAUAAAGGAAAGCUGGCUACGGGUUUCUGCAGGGUAAAAGAAGACUGCUGCUGAUAAGAAGAGUCUGUGAAGUAGCACAUCACUGGACAGUGGGGUAAUUUCCAACAAAGAUCGACGUGCUCUGGCUGACCCUUUUUAGUUAUGCUGUACUGGAUUCCCCCAACAAUAAUAUUCAUGUAUUCUGUAAGGGCUAAAUCUGCCUAUUGCGGGUCUCAAUUUUGGCUACAAAUCAUAUAUGAACUAUUAUUUAAAGAUGCAUUAUGGGAGAUUCGAUAACGAGUUGGCAAUUCUCACUAUAAUAGUUAAAAACUAGAUAAUAUAAUGGCAAUUUGCUAAAAAUUUCAUUCAAAUUGAUCCACUAUGAACCGAGCACUAAGCGGUUGAAAUGUCCGCCUAGCCUCGAUCAUCAUUACUAAAUUCAGUACGAUAAACAGCAUAGUCUCAAUUAUCCAUUUAAUCGUUAAAUCGUGAAGGAAAGUUAUGCAGUAAAUCGGCUCAUAAUCCACUAAAGAUCGCAGGCUAGCGAUGCCAUCUAGAGUUAAUUAUGGUCUGGAUAGGUUAAUUAAUGUCUAAAUAAUAAUUUAGAUAACAUUUCAGGCCUAAAGAAAGACCUGCAAUAGACAGAUUUAGCUCUUGCAUAAUGUAUCUUUAAUCAUCCCUCCAGGUCAUCAGAUGGUUCCGACUUUAAGUGGAUUAGAAAGCUUCGACAAAUUUAAUGAUUUAGUUUAAAAAUGGACAAGCUAGGAAAAGUCUCGAAUAACAAGUAUCGUUGUUACGAUAAUAGACAAUAAAUGCCACAUAUUGUCAAAACUCCGAACAGUGAUAGCUUUGCUCAGAACAAAGUAAUCUGAAUUAAAUUUUCAAUAUAUUCAUGCUGCACUACUAUUUGUUAACUAUUAUAACAAGACUAACACUUAUCUAAAUCUUACACAAUGAAUCUUUAAUGACUAAAACUUACCCCCACCCCACCCCUAGCCACUACUAGAUACUUCUUCACUUCUAUUAUAUGAAACCUAAUUUUCAUUGUCCCUUUUCUUCAGUAUUUAUAAUACGACACAUACCACGUGAUAUAGGAUUGACGCGGUUCUAUUCAAUCUAAAAUAUAUAUAUUUAAAAGUUGAUUUUAGCUUUUUUGUGAAUUUACAUAAAACUGUGGAACCCAAAAUAAAGUUUAUGUUGCUUUAUUAAAAUAAUUGCUCAUUAAAUAUUUUAUUGCUUUGUGGCACAUAACUUUCAUUUAUUGCUCAAUAUGUGUAAAUAUAUUACUUGUAUGUAUUAAUUUUAGAUAUUUAGUCUCAGGUACGAAAAAAACCCAACCAUUUUAAAUCGUAUUUUAAGGCGAUUAUAGUUCGUCAUCGGAUUGAUAAUGUAUGGCUGCAUAUGUGUACAUGGAUGUGUGUUAUAUGAAUUCCAUUUUAGUUUUUCAUCUGUUCAUUUUCUUUUUUAAAAAUGUAAUCCUUUAACAUUCCAACUGACUUCAUUUUCUGUAUUAUUAUUGUAUAUGUGUGUUGAAUAAAAUGUUUAUGUUCCA